CACCGCCCACUGUACACACUACCGCACUCGCGCGCACACGCACAGGCAGUGGGAGUGGGUGCUCGGGUAGCUGCUGGAAGCCAGGAUGGGAUAAUCAUGCGCGUCUGGCUCCGGGCGUUGAUGCAGUUGCCGAUGCUGGAUACGGACUGGACUCGGAGCGCAGGGUGGGUCUAGGUGCAGGCCGGUGCCGCUUGGACCUCGUUUUGGUGUUCAUCAGGCAUUCCGUGGAAGGCUGCUGGGCGAUGGCCGUGAGAGGAGUUGGUGCAGCUCUCUGAAACGUUCUCGCCGAUGGAGGACGGGAUUCACCGGCACUGAAUCGCAGAGCGGGUCUGGAGGAACUUGGAAAAGGGGAGAGGGUACCCAGGUAUCCCCCCCCCCCCUUCGAGGAUACAAAAGACGCAUUUUGUGAUUUCUUUAGGUGGUGCUUAUUUGAACCUAAAAUAGGGGGAGAAGCGGAGCUAGAGAGGCAGUCGGCUGUAAGGAGCGGACAGAGGAUCCAGCAGCAGCCGCAGCAGCAGCGGCAGCCGCGUCCGUCCAUCCGUCCGACCGUCCGGGGUGGCGGUGGUGGUUCUGGGGGGGAUUUACUUGGAUGGAGAGAGGGUGCAGUGAAGGCUGAGAGAGAGAGAGCGGCUCGCCGUGUGUAGGAGGAGGAGGAGACGGAGGAAAACCGGGCAGUUUGAAGGGACGGGGAGCCAGGUGCGGCGCGGCGGCUCCAUGAGCGGCUCCUGCCGGGAGAGAGCGCCCACAGCCCAGCCGGAGCGUCUCCACUGCCGCGGGUAGAAGCCCGGGCUCCAGGACGGCGGUCAGUUUGGAAGUUUUGAUGCAUAUGAUCACAACCACCAUGAUUUUUAUGAUUCUUGGUGCUUCAGUUGUAAUGGCGAUAGCCUGUUUAAUGGACAUGAACGCACUACUGGAUCGCUUUCACAACUACAUCCUACCGCAUCUACGAGGGGAGGAUCGCGUCUGUCACUGCAACUGUGGAAGGCAUCAUGUCCACUAUGUAAUCCCGUACGACGGGGACCACUCCUUGGUGGACUCUUCGGAGAACUACUUUGUGAGUGACAGUGUGACCAAGCAGGAGAUGGACUUGAUGCUGGGGCUGCUGUUGGGCUUUUGCAUCAGCUGGCUGCUGUUGUGGCUCGACGGAAUCCUGCACUGUGCCGUCAGGGCCUGGAGGGCGAGCCGGUACUACGACACUCCAUCCUGGUCGUGGCUGCCGCAGUUCUGCAACCUCCGAGACCUCCGUCGCCGAGCCCAGCUCCGACAGCUGGAGGACUCCAGCGGCAACAUGGUGCACAUCAAGCAGAAGCUCUACCACAACGGCCACCCCAGCCCCCGCCACCUCUGACUCUAACAAUCGAAAGGCAAACAAAACAAAAAAAAAAGCGAGAGAAA